AUGGCCGGAAGUUUGAGAAAUAACACAUGCGCAAGAGAACUGAUAAAGUAUGUAGGAUGCGUUGCAGGUAGACGAUUUCUUAAAAAAGAAACUGGUUUUCAUUCAAUACCAACUGGAGAAUGGGGCAUCAGGGAUGUUUGGCAGAGCAAUUUAGAAGAUGAAUUCAGGCAUAUCCGUCAAGUUGUACAACAUUAUCGAUAUGUCGCGAUGGACACUGAAUUUCCAGGGGUGGUUGCUCGGCCUAUAGGAGAUUUUCGAAGUUCAGCUGAUUACCAAUAUCAGCUCCUGCGCUGCAAUGUUGACUUGCUUAAAAUCAUCCAAGUUGGAAUUACGUUUUUAGAUGAUUUUGGACAAACGGCCAGUCCUAUUUCAACCUGGCAGUUCAACUUUAAGUUUAAUCUUACUGAGGAUAUGUAUGCACAGGAAUCUAUAGAUCUGCUAACAAAUUCAGGUAUUCAUUUUAAAAAGCAUGAAGAUGAAGGAAUUCUUGUGGAUGACUUCGCUGAAUUACUCAUGACAUCUGGAGUCGUCCUUACAGAUCAAGUGAAGUGGCUGUCAUUUCAUAGUGGCUUUGAUUUUGGUUACAUGUUAAAAAUACUGACUAAUAGUAACCUACCAGCUGAGGAAGUGGACUUUUUCGAGCUGCUGUCUAUUUACUUUCCAAACAUUUAUGAUGUCAAAUAUUUGAUGAAAAGCUGUAAAAAUCUGAAAGGAGGCUUACAAGAAGUUGCUGAACAGCUGGAAAUCUGUAGAAUUGGACCACAACACCAAGCUGGUAGUGACAGCUUAUUGACCGGAGCAGCAUUUUUCAAGAUGCGAGAGAUGUUCUUUGAGGAUAAUAUUGAUGAUGCUAAAUAUUUAGGCCACUUGUUUGGUUUGGGACCCCCCUACAUCCAGAAUGGCUCAAGUUAUGAAAAUAGCCAUGCUUAUGUGGCCCAGAAUUCAACUGUGCACAAUUCCAAUAAUGGUGAAGAACCAGGUUCAAACCAAACCAAUUCCUCAUAA